CCUUAUGCCCAAGAUUACACACUGAUUUCCAAAAUCCAAAUUCUCUCGCUGAUUUCAGUUGAAUUCCCAAAAGAAAAUACAGAAAAGAUUAAUCACGUACUGGAUUAUGCGGAAGAAGACGCAGGAAGCUAAUGGAGAUGAGGAGAAGAAAUUGAAAGUGAAGAAAGGGUGGGUUGGAGUAAGAGUUGGGACGGAGGGAGACGACGGAGGAUUUCACAGAUUUGAAAUUCCGAUCUCGCAUCUCCACCAUCCUCUCUUCAAGCCGCUACUGGAUAAAGCUCAUGAGGUAUACGGCUACCACACCGCCGGUCCUCUGAAACUGCCGUCUUCCGUCGACGAUUUCCUUGAUCUCCGGUGGAUGAUUGAGAAGGAAUCCAAUCAACAUCAUCAAUCUCAUCAUCGCCACCACCACCGUUACCUCUCUCGUGCUUUGUCCUUCAACAAUUGCUGAUCAUCAUCUAGAUAUUUGUAGAUACUCAUGUAUGUAUAUGUAUCUCGAUACGUAUAUAUAUAUAUAUCACUCAACCAUGUAGUUAAAUGGUUGAUUCCCGGCA